AUGUUCUCCUUGCAACUCGUUAACAACUACACAUCGCUUUUCUACGUCGCCUUCAUACGACCUGAGAACAACGGCUUCCAAACGAAUGGGCUCUUUGGCUUGGGCCCGACGUAUAAGGAUAUUUGUGUGCCGGGCACAUGCGGGUCAAUGCUGGCUCUACAGCUCCUUUCGCACAUGAUCAUUAAGCCAUUGCCGAAGUUCACGAAAGAUAUUAUUAUACCGUAUGUCGUCCACGCCGUAAAGCUAAGAAAAUGGUAUAAAGGGCGACGUCAAACCAUGGAAGACGUGCUAAAAGAGGGCGAUGAGACGAAUGUACUGGUCAGAGAAUGGAUCAAGCCGCCAGCUAAUAAUUUCUCCCAAGGAGAAUUCAACGAGAAAGUUAUUCUAUUCGGAACUACUAUGUGUUGCCGGGUUGUUCCCUUAGCUCCCCUACUCGCUUUGAUAAUUGGUGUCAUUGAUCUUCGGAUAGACGCCCUAAGACUACUGUGGCUCAACCGACGACCGAUACCAGCGAUGGCAUCCGGCAUCGGCAUAUGGCUACCGAUUCUUUACUUUCAGUCGAGCGCUGCGAUGAAAAACGCUUUUAUAAAUAUGGUUUUUAUCCUGAAGUACGUGUUCCAAAGCAUCAUACCAGCUGUCCCGGCAUCAAUUCGAGUCGCUCAACGAAGGAAGAGAUAUGUGGUGAAUUAUGUCAUCGAAAAAGGAGACGUGCCAUAUCGAAUUAAGAACAGACGACGAGCACGAAAUGCAAAACUCGCUUGGGUCAUGUCACUAGCGAAAGGAGGGAUGACGUCGAAACUUAUUCCUAAAGUUGGUGUCGAGCCGCCCGAUCAGAAUUCUCAGCCAUCAUAA